UCUCGCCCAUUUCCUCACUUCUUCUUCCUCAAGAAAACUUUCAUCUAUAAAAUUCAGAGGGAAAAAAAAAGUUAAUCAAAUAAGAUUAUUGAAAAAUGGCACCGGAUCCUGAAGAUGCGAUCAAGGACGAGAAGAACCCUCCGCCACUUGAUGAAGACGAUAUCGCACUUCUCAAAACCUAUGGCUUGGGACCUUACUCCACUAGCAUAAAGAAAGCCGAGAAGGAAAUCAAGGAAAUGGCCAAGAAAAUUAAUGAUUUAUGUGGUAUCAAGGAAUCUGACACUGGUUUAGCUGCCCCCAGCCAAUGGGAUCUUGUCUCUGAUAAGCAAAUGAUGCAGGAGGAGCAACCUCUCCAGGUUGCAAGAUGUACCAAGAUCAUUAGCCCAAACACAGAAGAUGCGAAGUAUGUUAUAAAUGUUAAACAAAUUGCAAAGUUUGUUGUUGGAUUGGGUGAUAAAGUUUCACCAACUGAUAUAGAAGAAGGCAUGAGAGUUGGCGUUGACAGGAAUAAAUAUCAAAUCCAGAUCCCCUUGCCUCCAAAAAUUGAUCCAAGUGUUACAAUGAUGACAGUGGAGGAAAAGCCAGAUGUUACCUAUAAUGAUGUUGGUGGAUGCAAAGAGCAAAUUGAAAAGAUGCGAGAGGUUGUUGAGCUGCCUAUGCUUCACCCUGAAAAGUUUGUAAAGCUAGGGAUUGAUCCCCCAAAGGGUGUUCUCUGCUAUGGUCCUCCUGGUACUGGUAAAACACUGCUAGCCAGAGCCGUGGCUAACAGAACUGAUGCGUGUUUUAUUCGUGUUAUUGGAAGCGAGCUUGUUCAGAAAUAUGUUGGUGAGGGAGCAAGGAUGGUUCGUGAACUAUUUCAGAUGGCCCGCUCUAAAAAAGCUUGCAUUGUGUUUUUCGAUGAAGUAGAUGCCAUUGGAGGUGCACGAUUUGAUGAUGGAGUGGGUGGAGACAAUGAGGUCCAACGCACCAUGCUUGAAAUUGUCAAUCAGCUUGAUGGAUUUGACGCUCGUGGCAAUAUUAAAGUUCUAAUGGCAACUAAUAGACCUGAUACACUGGAUCCUGCACUAUUACGUCCUGGACGGCUUGAUCGUAAAGUGGAGUUUGGACUGCCAGAUCUAGAAAGCAGAACACAGAUAUUUAAGAUUCAUACACGAACAAUGAAUUGUGAGAGGGACAUCCGGUUUGAACUUCUUGCUCGGCUUUGCCCAAACUCUACUGGAGCUGACAUAAGGAGCGUGUGCACAGAGGCCGGAAUGUAUGCUAUACGAGCAAGAAGGAAGACGGUCACAGAGAAAGAUUUUCUAGAUGCUGUCAACAAAGUCAUUAAGGGGUACCAGAAGUUCAGUGCAACACCAAAGUAUAUGGUGUACAAUUAAUAAACAUUCUCCAAUUGAAAUUUCGCUGUCGUGUUUGAUGCAGUUGGGUCUUGGGGAUUUUACUCGAUAUUCAUCCUUACAUGCUAUAUGUACUAGAACAGAACCCUGGGUGGCUUGGCCGCUCAAGGAUAUUGUUCCCAUUAUCAACUAUUGCUUUGUCACUUUGAUUGCAGUUGAAAAAUAUUCUGAUCAGCUUGAUUUGUGCGUUUGUUUUUCUCAGUUAGAUUUGUUCUAUGAUAAUUGAGUUUCUUGGUGAUAAUCUGAUUGGUUAAUAUAAAUUUGUAAUUAUUGUAUGA